AUGUGGGUCCUUCUCCUGGUCCUCCUCGGGGCAGUCUGCGUGUCCUCCGUGGGGGUCGGGCUGUGGGUCGUCUGCAGGCACUUCUUCACUGUGGACAUCCCUGCUGCCAUCAGCCACCCCGUGAAACUGCGGGUUUUGGACUGCGCCUUCCAGUUCUUGGUGACCUGGGGCACGAUUUUGGAGAAAGUGGGAAUCUGUUCCAUGCCCCAGUUUCUCUCUCUCAUGUACAACCUACUGCCGAUCAAGCGUGAUCCGGACGUGGUGGUGAAGGACCUCCGCUUCGGGACUAUCCCCGUGCGUGUGUACCAGCCCAAGGCGCCCUCCUGCACCCUCCGGCGGGGCAUCCUGUUCUUCCACGGCGGUGGGAUGAUCAUAGGGAGCCCGAAAAAUUACCAUGAAGUAUGCUGCCGUUUGUCCAAGGAGAGCGACUCAGUGGUUGUGGCAGUUGGAUACCGCAAGGCACCCCAGCAUAGAUUUCCGACACCAGUGAAGGACUGCUUGGUGGCCACCAUCCACUUUCUCAAGUCCCUGGAUCUGUACGGGGUGGAUCCAACCCGGGUUGUCCUCUGUGGGGACAGCGCUGGAGGGUUAAUAGCAGCGGUAAUAUGUCAAAAACUCAUAGACAGGUCAGAUCUCCCCAAGAUCCGUGCUCACAUCCUGAUCUAUGCUAUUCUCCAAGACUUGGAUUUACAACUCCCAUCCUACCAACAGAAUGGGAAUGGCCCAGUCAUGAAUUUGAACUUUGCCUUCAGCUGUCUUUGUUAUUAUCUGGACAUCAAGCCCUACUGGAAAAGCGCCAUUUUAAAAGGUGCCCAUAUGCCGGUGGAAGUCUGGAAGAAGUACAGAAAGUGGUUGGGCUCAGAAAACAUCCCAGACAGAUUUAAGAAGAGAGGCUACCAGCAGGUGCCCCUUGUGCCCUUCAAUGAGGAUGCUCACCUAGAGACAGACAUCACUCUGGAUUUGAUGAACGCGCCUCUGAUUGCAGAAGAUGAAGUAGUGUCUCGGCUUCCGGAAGCGUUCAUCGUGAGCUGUGAGUAUGACUUUCUCCGGGAUGAUUCGCUGCUGUACAAGAAGAGACUGGAGGACCUGGGAGUCCCCGUGACUUGGCGCCACAUGGAGGACGGGUUUCACGGGGUGCUCAGCACGAUCGGCUUGUGGGGGUUUUACUUCCCCUGCUCCACGCGGAUUCUGAACGCCGUGGUCCACUUUCUGAAGGGGCUGUGA